CGGAGGUUGUCUUCAAGCAGCACCAAACAUAACAUUUCCCGGACGACGAUGGUUGCUGUAGGAUUCUCAUCGGCGACAUUUUCGAGACGAUUGCUAGCCCAGACCGGACCGAGGGGGUGGAGCUGCUUCCAGGCCCCAGGAAGAAGGACACUAGUCGGCUCGGCGCCACGUCUCGGAGGUCAUCGGAGCUUGGCCCGCCCCGACCAUAAAACUCUGGCCUUGGACGACCUCAACCAGUUCCGAAACAUCCUCGGUUCCCGACCGGGAGCCGUGCUCAGCUCAUUAGAAAACGAUGAGCUUCGGACUGACCCCUCCGAUCUCGAGGCUUUCAAUGUGGACUGGAUGGGCAAAUAUCGCGGACAUUCCAAGGUCGUUUUGAAGCCCAAGAGCACCGAAGAAGUCAGCCGGAUAGUCUCGUAUUGUGUCAAGAAUCGGCUCGCGAUUUGUCCGCAAGGUGGGAACACUGGGUUGGUCGGUGGCUCUGUGCCCGUCUUUGAUGAGAUCAUCCUCAACUUGAGCGGCCUCAACAAGAUCAGAAACUUUGAUCAAACCAGUGGAAUCAUUAGCGUGGAUGCUGGUUGUAUAUUACAGACAGUCGACGAUUUUUUGAAGGAGAAAGGGUUCAUAUUUCCAUUAGACUUAGGCGCCAAAGGAUCUUGUCAGGUUGGAGGGAACAUUGCUACCAAUGCCGGAGGAUUGAGGUUGCUUCGAUACGGAUCUUUGCAUGGUUCGGUGCUCGGUUUGGAAGUCGUUUUGCCUGAUCAAGAGGGUACGAUCCUGAGCAGCGGGAUGAAGACUGGGUUACGGAAGGACAACACAGGCUAUGACCUCAAGCAACUUUUCAUCGGUUCCGAGGGCACCCUUGGGGUGAUUACCGGGGCCACCAUCCUCACUCCGUCCCAAACACGGGCGCGAUUCAUCGAACAUGGGUUGUUGGCCCCCGAUGGCUCUGAGGGCGACUUGUUGAGAGGCGUGGUUGGGUACGGUCAUAUUGGAGAUGGCAAUUUGCAUUUGAAUGUGAUCGCCAAAAAAUGGGAUCCAAGGAUUGAAGAAGUCUUAGAACCAUGGAUAUACGAGAAGAUCUCGAGCCACAACGGCUCUAUCUCAGCCGAACAUGGCUUAGGUCUCAUGAAAUCUCCUUACCUCCACUACUCGCAACCGCCUUCAAAUAUCUCGCUCAUGAAGUCUAUCAAACACUUGUUCGACCCUUUGAAUAUCCUCAAUCCUUCUAAAUUCCUUCCUUAACCUUCCUCUUCUUGUUUUUUCUCACUUCGCUUGGUCCCUUUUCUUUUGGAUAUAUACACGUUUUUGGUUCCUGCAUCUUGCAACCUCUUUUCAUUAUGUGGUCAUACGAGUCCUAUGCGAACGUUGCUGAUGAUGAUCACAAGUAGUCACUUAAGAUAUGCUUAGCAAUAGCUGGUACCUUGCUUGAUUUCUUUCCGCAACCUGAUUCCACGUUGAUCUUGAUUUUUUUUCUCGAUCUUGAUCUUGCUCGGAUUGUUCGAGAUAAAAUAAAAUGUGAUUGGGUUUUUGAUAUCAGAUGAAAGCACCACUUCCUCCUUGACUGCUUGAACUGAAUGGAUAUUUCUCAAUGUAUGAACAAAAGGUACAAACAGAUUGAGGUAAUUGUCAAUUGUUAAGCAGCUAUUGCCAAACUAUAAGCUGGCCACUCCGAGUUCAAAACUAACGUGUCA